GGUCGGUAUUAUGCUUGCGCACUGACAGCAAGUCGAUACUGCGCAACACCCGUUGCACAUGCGCGCUAGGCUGACCUGUGUGCUCCACGCCAGGCCAGACAACAUCCCUUUCUAGUAACUUCCCUCAUUCGCAACGUCAUCAGUGCGCGCCGCGCCUGAGAUGGGUUGUUUCCGUUUAACUCUCCGGGACUGAGAGUGUUGCGAGUGUUUCCCGGUGUUGGCGCGCGAGAGGCAGCGGCGGUGAGGGGCCGGGUUUACGUAGCGUGCCCGCGCGGCGAGAGCGAGAGAGACCUCGAGUAAGCGGCCCCCUCCCCCGCCAUGGCCGAGAGCGGAGAGAACCCCCCCGGGGCCCGCAGCCCCCCGGACUCCCCCGCCCCGGGAGGCGCCGCCUCCUCGGAGCCGCGGAUCAUCAAAGUCACCGUGAAAACCCCCAAAGAGAAGGAGGAGUUUGCGGUAUCCGAGACCAGCAACGUGCGGCAGUUUAAGGAAGAAAUCUCUAAGCGUUUCAAGUCCCACACCGAUCAACUUGUAUUAAUAUUUGCUGGAAAAAUUUUAAAAGAUCAAGAUACUCUGACCCAGCAUGGGAUUCACGAUGGACUCACUGUUCACCUGGUCAUCAAAACACAAAACAGAUCACAAGAUCAUCCAGUACAGCAAACGAACACCACAGGGAAUACUUCUACCACAUCGACAUCAAGCAAUAGUAGUACCUCCACACCAGCCUCAACAAACAGCAGCCCUUUCGGUUUGGGUGGCCUUGGAGGACUUUCAGGUCUGAGUAGCCUGGGCCUGAAUACAUCUAACUUUUCAGAGUUACAAAGUCAGAUGCAGCGACAGCUCAUGUCCAACCCGGAAAUGAUGGUUCAGAUAAUGGAGAAUCCCUUUGUUCAGAGCAUGCUUUCAAAUCCUGACCUGAUGAGGCAGUUAAUUAUGGCCAAUCCUCAAAUGCAGCAAUUGAUACAGCGAAAUCCAGAGAUCAGUCACAUGCUUAAUAAUCCAGAUAUAAUGAGACAAACACUAGAACUUGCGAGAAACCCUGCAAUGAUGCAGGAAAUGAUGAGAAACCAAGACCGAGCCUUGAGCAACCUUGAGAGUAUCCCAGGUGGAUACAAUGCCUUGCGACGCAUGUACACAGAUAUUCAGGAACCAAUGUUGAAUGCAGCCCAAGAGCAGUUUGGAGGUAACCCAUUUGCUUCCUUAGUAAGCAAUGCAUCUUCAGGUGGGGAAAAUCAGCCGUCUCGUACAGAAAAUAGAGACCCUUUACCAAAUCCUUGGGCUCCUCAGUCCAGUUCUCAGAAUUCCACAACCAGUAGCAGCAGCAGUGGCGAAAGUGGGGGCAGUAGUAGUGUUGGAAAUAGCACCACCACCAGUACAGGACAAGGCUCAACCAUGCCUAAUUUGGGACCCGGAGUAGGAGCUGGUAUGUUCAACACUCCAGGAAUGCAGAGUUUGUUGCAGCAGAUAACAGAAAAUCCACAGCUUAUGCAGAACAUGUUGUCUGCACCCUAUAUGAGAAGCAUGAUGCAGUCACUAAGCCAGAACCCUGAUCUUGCAGCACAGAUGAUGCUGAAUAAUCCCUUAUUUGCUGGAAAUCCUCAGCUUCAGGAACAAAUGAGACAACAACUCCCAACUUUCCUUCAACAAAUGCAGAACCCGGACACACUGUCGGCAAUGUCAAACCCUAGAGCAAUGCAAGCUUUACUACAAAUUCAACAGGGCUUGCAGACACUAGCAACAGAAGCACCAGGGCUUAUACCAGGAUUUAAUCCUGGUGUAGGGGGAUUAGGAAGCACUGGAGGUCCUACAGGCACAACUGUACCUAGCUCCAUCCCCAGUGAAAAUACAAGUCCAGCCUCAGGAGUUGCUGAACCUGGUCACCAACAGUUUGUUCAGCAAAUGUUGCAGGCACUUGCUGGUGCAAAUGCUCAGUUACAAAAUCCAGAAGUCAGAUUUCAGCAACAACUGGAGCAGCUCAGUGCAAUGGGAUUUUUGAACCGUGAAGCAAAUUUACAAGCUCUAAUAGCAACAGGAGGAGAUAUCAAUGCAGCUAUUGAAAGGCUACUGGGCUCCCAACCAUCAUAGCAACAUUUCUUUAACUUGAAAAAUGUAAUUUAUUUUUGAUAACAGCUCUUAAAUCUUUAAAAUACUUGCUUUAUUUCAUUCUGACUCUUGGGAUUGUCUUGUUAUAACUAAACCCAGUCUGAUGCAUUUUAAGGUGGAGUGCAGUAGUUUUCUUUGAACAGUGGGAAUCAAUGCUUUUUCAUUCACAGUUGUUGCAUGCAUCAAACACUUCUUUGUUCAGCAUUUAUUGUGAUUUUGUUGAAACAAGUAUCAUCUUUCACAGUUGAAUGAACAGGUUUUGUCAGACCUACAAUUGUCCAAUUUAUUUACUACUUAAACAUUAGCUUUGGGUAGUAAUUUAUGUAGAUUACAAAUUAUUAAAAAGGAAACAAAUUAAAUGAAGCUAUAAUUUGUGGAUACCAAUACUGCUUUUUGUGACUUCAGCAUGUAUUUUUUGCUAGCAAAAUGCUGUAAGAUUUAUACCAUUUGAUUUAUCUAUCAUUUUUGCUUUUAUUUGUAUAAAAUAUACACACAAUAUAAAUGUUGGAAACCGCUCACAUCUAGGAAUUUGCACAUUGCAAUAGAAUGAAUCUAUGUAACCAAAAAAAUCCAGAACAAAUGAAAUUGACACAUUUCUAGCGCAGAAACUUUGAGGAUCUUUGGUAAACAUCAGCAGAAGCGUUUAGGCAAAUUCAUUUGAAAUAUGCUAGAAUUAUUGAUCUAAUUAUCUCUAAGUCUACAUCUAACUGUACAGAAAGCUGCAUUGUAACAUUGUCUCAGUAUUCACAUGGAUUGACUGUAAAUUAUCUUAAUCUUUUGGCAGAUUGAAGGAGCACUACUGUAUGCUCCAACACUGCUUCUAAGGCUUUUUGGCUUCUCUCAUUGAGAUUCUAACAUGCAUUAUGAUUUGUAAUUGGAAGAAUUACUUUCACUGGCAGUGUCAUGUGAUAUUCUAAUUACUUUUAACCACCAUGUAAAAAUACUGUAUAUCUUUUGAGUUUUUAUUGGUAGUUAUUUCUCUUGUGCACAGGUAAUAAAUGAAUUAAAAAUUCUUUGA